AUGUCCCUAUCUACGGACGCUGCGCCUGGUGUAAACCCAGUCGUGGCGUCCGCGCUGAAGCAAUACGCGGUGCUCAAAGACUCCAUGAUCACUCUGAUGAAGCGCCACGCUAAGAGCCUCUCACACGAAUCCUGGACGGACCUGAGUUGUGGGGGUGCCUGCUCGAGAGACGUCGGCUGCCUGCCGGAAACCAAAAUCGAGAAUCUCUUCAAGUGCUGUUUCUGUGCCCAUGUCGUUGGGGACCAGCGUGGAAUCCUCAAUCACCUGUUUCUUCGGUGUGACGAACGACUUGAGUGCCAGCUCUGUCCGGAAUCCUUUUCCAAAGCGGAAGACUUGAGCUGCCACACCGAGAUUCACAAGCCAGAAAGAACUUUCGACCAUCAACUGCGUUCAGCAUCCUUUCAGAAAUGCGGUCAUCCGGCAUAUAACAUUCGAGCCAACGAAGGAGAAAAACCUUUCAAAUGCCAGGAAGGCCCUCAAGCAUUUGCUCAAAGCGAGGGCUUGACCACCCACAUGGAAAUCCACGUCGGUGAGCAGCCUUACAGAUGCCAGCAAUGCCACAACACGUUUGCCAGUAGAAGUUAUGCGAAUCGCCACAUUCGAAUCAACACAGGUGAGGAACCCUACGAUUGUGAGCUGUGUCCCGUAGCCUUUACUUUUAGUGGGAAUCUGAAGCGACACGUUCAGACGCACACGGGUGAAAGACCUUACAAACGCGAGCAAUGUCCCUGAGCCUUUUCCCAGAGUGGCUAUCUCAAGCGGCACAUUAGAAUACACACAGAAUGUAAUCAAUGUCCCCGAGCCUUUCGUUCGAGCUCGGCGCUGUCGCGGUGCAAUCAAACGCACACGAAUGAGAAACGUGACAAACGCAAGCAAUGUUCCAAAGCCUAUAGUCAAAAAAGCAGCCUGAUGUGCCAUAUUCGAAGGCACACAGUCAAGAGAACUGUGAGCAGUGUCCCCGAGUCUUCUCGAAGUUGAGGAGCUGAUGGGGAACAUUUGUGCGAACAUGGGCGAGAGGCCUUGCAAAUACAAGCGAUGUUCAAAAGCGUGCAUGGGACCAUGACGCAGCACAUUCGAAUGCGUGCUGCAUAAAAGCUGUCCUAUAUCGUC